AUGUGCGAGAGAUUUGAAAGCGGACUCAAGUAUGAGGUUAAGGAGUGUGUGGGACCCUUGGAGAUACAAAAUAGAGGUAGACAGUUUCAACAACAAAAGCCUUAUGCCCGGGCACAAGGGAUUGCUAGAGAUCGACCAAGCCCCCAAAACAUGGGAUAUCAAAGGCCUCAGAAUCCAGCACAAAACCCAAUGCAUAUUGUUCGAUGCUAUCAUUAUGGACAAGAGAGACAUAGGAUAACUGAGUGUCCCAGAAGAACCAUGAUAUGUUAUGUCUGUCAAAAACUAGGCCAUCUUGCAAUAUAUUGUAGAGAGAAGGACACUGUUGACUAUAAGGAUGUUGUUAACAACAACAAUGUUGCACACCCUACUUCUUGA